AUGCCAUCCUCCUCCUCACGCGACUAUGGCUACAACGAGAAAGGAAUCGUCGAGGGCUCGAUGCCGCCUCACGUAAUGGACGAGACCCCAAUCGCCCGUGGCGUCCGCUCUCAUGCUGAUGACGGCGACGAGGAGAACUUCCGAAGGGGGUCGGUGAAUUCGGCGGGCAGGAAACACUCGGUCGUGGCCUCGUUGAAGGCCAACUACGGAAUUGCUACACCUGGGGAUGACGCGAGCGUCAAGGCCGGGCACGACUCUACCCAUCGAAAGUUGAAACCGAGGCAUAUCCAGCUCAUCGGUAUCGGAGGGACAAUCGGUACGGCCCUGUACGUGCAGAUCGGCAGAGGCUUAUUGAAUGGUGGACCGGGAAGCUUGUUCCUGGCAUUUACUAUCUGGUGCUCGUUCAUCCUCUGUGUGACAAACUGCAUGGCAGAGAUGGUCACUUACCUGCCCAUCUCCAGUCCCUUCAUCCGAUUUGCAGGUCGCUAUGUCGAUGAAGCCUUUGGGGUCGCCGCAGGAUACAACUUCUUCAUCUUUGAAGCCAUGUUGGUUCCGUUUGAAAUCGUCGCUUGCAACGUCAUCAUCCAUUUCUGGUCCGACAUUGUCCCUGCGGGAGGCAUCAUCGCCAUCGUUAUUUGUUGCUACGCCCUCAUCAACCUGUUCGCCGUGCAAUGGUAUGGAGAAUCCGAAUUCUGGCUCGCCCUUGGCAAGGUCCUUCUCAUCGUUGGCCUCAUCAUAUACACCUUUAUCGUCAUGCUAGGCGGAAAUCCACUGGGCGAUCGGUUCGGGUUCCGCUACUGGAACGACCCGGGCUCCUUUACCGAGCUUUACUAUGGUGGCAGCCUGGGUCGGUUCUUAGGCUUCUUGCAGUGUCUCAUUCAAGCGUCCUUCACCAUCGCAGGACCCGACUACGUCAGCAUGGCCGCUGGCGAGGCUGAGAACCCACGCCACGUUCUGCCCAGGGCAUUCAAGGCCGUCUUCUACCGACUGACUACCUUCUUCAUGCUAGGUAGUUUGUGCGUGGGUAUUCUUGUACCCUACAACGAUGAGGAAUUGUCGAUUGCGUUUUCGACUGGACAGCCAGGCGCCGCCGCCAGUCCAUACGUGGUAAGUAUGAACCGUCUGAGGAUCAAGGUGCUGCCUCAUAUUGUCAAUGCCAUGGUCCUGGGAAGUGCUUUCUCUGCAGGCAACAGUUAUGUGUAUUGCGCAAGUCGAAGUCUUUUUGGUCUCGCCCUGGAAGGCAAGGCACCUAAGAUUUUCACUCGAUGUACGAGGAAUGGUGUGCCGAUUUAUUGUGUUGCCUUGGUACUGUUGCUCAGUCUGCUGAGCUUCUUGCAAGUCAGUUCGGGGUCAGCGGUAGUGCUGGGUUGGUUUGUCAACUUGGUGACUGCUUCGCAAUUGAUCAACUUCUCCGUCAUGGCGUUCACUUUUAUAAAAUUCAAGAAAGCUCUCGAAGCGCAAGGCAUCGAUCGCAACACAUUGCCUUAUAAGUCAUGGUGGCAGCCUUUCUCGGCCUACUACGCUCUGGUCGGCUGCUUCAUUAUGACGUUUGUAGGCGGAUAUACCGUCUUCUUGCCUGGAUUCUGGGAUGUACCGACAUUUUUCUUCAGUUACACCAUGAUUGGCGUCUUCCCGGUCCUGUUCCUCGGCUGGAAGUUCGUCAAGAAGACGAAGUGGCUGAAACCAGAGGAGGUUGAUCUGCGGAAGGACAUGGAUGAGAUUGAGGAGUAUGAGAGGAAUUACACACCCAAGCCGCCGAGGUAA